GAGUCUGGGAGGGAGGCUUGGUGGCUGGGAGGGCGGAGCGGCCCCGCCCUCGCGCCUCCUCCCGCCUGCCGGGGCUCCCGGGUCCAGUGAGGCGCGCCCGCUCCAACAGCUGCCCCGGGAACCCGGUGCGCUCGCGUCUUGCCGCAUCUGUCCUCGCUAUUGACGAGCCAUGGCCACCCGGCAGAUAGUGCUCCAGGGCCCGGGACCAUGGGGCUUCCGCCUGGUAGGGGGCAAAGACUUUGAACAGCCUCUCGCCAUUUCCCGGGUGACUCCUGGAAGCAAAGCGGCCAUAGCUAAUUUAUGUAUUGGAGAUGUAAUCACAGCUAUUGAUGGGGAGAACACCAGCAAUAUGACACACUUGGAAGCUCAGAACAAAAUUAAGGGCUGCAUAGACAACAUGACACUCACAGUGACCAGGUCUGAACAUAAAGUCUGGUCUCCUCUGGUGACAGAGGAAGGGAAACGUCACCCAUAUAAGAUGAACUUAGCUUCUGAACCCCAAGAGGUCCUGCACAUAGGAAGUGCCCACAACCGGAGUGCCAUGCCCUUUACUGCCUCACCUGCCUCCAGCUCUGCCCCACGGGUCAUCACAAACCAGUACAACAACCCCGCUGGACUUUACUCCUCAGAAAACAUCUCCAACUUCAAUAAUGCCCUGGAGUCAAAGACUGCAGUUAGCGGAGAGGAGACAAAUGGCAGAGUCUUAGAUCACACUCAGCCUCCAAGUGGACUUGUCAUCGGCAAAGAAUCUGAAGUAUACAAGAUGCUUCAGGAGAAACAGGAGCUGAACGAACCCCCCAAACAGUCCACUUCAUUCCUAGUUUUGCAGGAAAUCCUGGAGUCUGAAGAGAAAGGGGAUCCCAAUAAACCCUCCGGAUUCCGAAGUGUUAAGGCUCCUGUCACCAAAGUGGCUGCAUCGAUUGGAAAUGCCCAGAAGCUGCCCAUCUGUGACAAAUGUGGCACUGGCAUUGUAGGUAUGUUUGUGAAGCUGCGAGACCGCCACCGCCACCCCGAGUGUUACGUGUGCACCGACUGUGGCACCAACUUGAAACAGAAAGGCCAUUUCUUUGUGGAAGAUCAGAUCUACUGUGAAAAGCAUGCCCGGGAGCGGGUCACACCACCAGAGGGCUAUGACGUGGUCACUGUGUUCCCCAAGUGAGCCAGUGUGUCUGCAUUCAACAUUCUUCUCCAAGUAGCUCCUGGAGUGGGGUGGCUCUUGUGCUCCCCAUGCUCAGGCUCUUCUCCCCUCUCCUCUCUUGAAAGUUCUCGCUUCUUUUGGUUUUAUUCCCGCUCAUUAAACAUGGCAGCCUGCCCCCUGCCUUUGCUCACUGACUCACACCGGCUGUGUGAUACCUGCUUUUACGUUGAAGGGAAGAUUGUUUUGCCUGGUGUCACCAGGUCCUCUCUGCACAUCCGCACAUCUCUGCUGCUGGAGGAGGGCAUCGGCCACAUUUGAACCCAACAGAAUCUACUGUGUCUGACAUUGGUUUUGUUUUUACUCAAUAAAUGUAUAGAUUCGA